CUGCAGGUGAGUGGGGGUGAGGGUGGGGCAGUGGAUGAGAGUUGCAGAGAAGCAAGGCCUUUGGCUGGGACUGAGGCAGGGGGCUGGAGGGAGCAGGGACAGGGUCUCAGGCUGAAGGUCUUCCAGGCACUGGAGAAGGAAGGGCUGGAGUUUGAGGGAGAUCUGAACUGAAGACUAAAAUAUCCAGAAGGGGAUAGGAGUGGUGGAGGGAAGGAUCUGAUUGAGGGGGUAGGCUCUCUUGGCAGCCACUCUGCUCACAUCUAUCUACCCUACCUCCUGCCCUACAUCCUUUCUCCUGCCCCAUCCUCCCCUUCUCACCUUCUCUUUUGACUUUUCUUUCCUCCUACCCUGCCCAUUUUCUUCCCUGUUUUCCUCCUCCUGCCCUUAGUAGCUGGGCCCCUUUCCCUCAGGUAACAGAACAGUAGUAGUUCAGGGGCCUCAGGAAGGGUAGUCAGACUAUGCCGGGGUCCUCUCCUCCUGCUAGUUGGACAAAGGGGUGUCUGUUGGCUGAACAAUGGUGCCUUUGUCCUCAGCUGGGCUGGAGCAGGGUGGCUUCCCUGACGUGGGUUGGGGACCCUGUUUCCAGAAUGUUCUCUCCUCUUUGCUGCACCUGGGAAGGGACAGAGAGGCGGAAGAAUAGAGGGCAGAGCUUGGGCUGACUCACCAAGGUGCUUCUUAGCUCCCAGCCCUGGUUCUGCCCCGCCCCCUUUUCUUCCCCUGCCAUCACUGCCUGGCGUCCUCAGGAUUUGCCCCAGGACUUCCUCCCACACAGCAGCUCCCUCUGCUGGGCACCUGGAGCAAGGCCAGGGUCUGAACUUGACCCUUUGACCCUAGAGACCCCAGGAUGCAAGGGUUCUAAGAGGUCAUCUUAGAUAACAGCUCCUUGUCUUCCUGAAGGAAACAAAAAAAUAUGAACCAUUUCAACCCAGUAAGAACGUCUGAGGAGGAGAUUCUGUAAUUGUUCCAAUGCUAGGUAGUCCUUUCUGAAAUCUGAUCUUAGUGACUUCCAUUCUUAAGCUGCUUUCUUCCUGGAACGGAUGCAUCACAGAUUUACAAGAAGCUUCUGAUGAUUUUUAAUACCUUUCUGUUCCCUUGCUACUAUCUCACUGGGUCUUUCAGAAGGAUUUGGCCUGGCCCUGAGAAAGAGCUGGUGUCUCUUCCUCAGCCUGCCUCCAAACUUUUUUCUGUAUUUCUUUGCAGGGCCUAAACACUCCAAGUGAGCCAUCAUUUGAGUCCCCAGCCCCAGCCCCAUACCCUGGGCCCCCACAACCCCCAACUUACUGCCCCUGCUCAAUUCACCCCGAUGCUGGCUUCCCCCUUCCUCCACCACCCUAUGACCUCCAAGCACCCACAUCCCAUGUACCUGAUUCCCCAUACUCCUAUGGCAACAUGGCCAUACCAGUGUCCAAGCCACUGACCCUCUCAGGCCUGCUCAGUGAACCCCUCUCAGACCCCUUGGCCCUCCUGGACAUUGGAAUGCCUGCGGGGACCCCCAAGCUUCAAGAAGACCCAGAAUCAGACUCAGGAUUAUCCCUCAACUAUAGUGAUGCUGAAUCUCUUGAGCUGGAGGGGACAGAGGCUGGACGGCGGCGCAAUGAGUAUGUGGAGAUGUACCCAGUGGAGUACCCCUACUCACUUAUGCCCCACUCCUUGGCCCAUCCCAACUACUCCUUGCCACCUACUGAGACAUCCUUGGCCUUAGAGCCUUCCUCAGGCCCUGUGCGGGCCAAGCCCAGUGCACGGGCGGAGGCAGGGAGUCGGGAUGAGCGCAGGGCCCUGGCCAUGAAGAUCCCCUUUCCCACGGACAAGAUUGUCAACUUGCCAGUAGAUGACUUUAAUGAGUUGUUGGCACGGUACCCACUGACUGAGAGCCAGCUGGCGCUAGUCAGGGACAUCCGACGGCGGGGCAAGAACAAGGUGGCCGCCCAGAACUGCCGCAAGAGAAAGCUGGAGACCAUCGUGCAGCUGGAGCGGGAACUGGAGCAGCUGGGCAGUGAGCGAGAGCGGCUUCUUCGGGCCCGCGGGGAGGCAGACCGGACCCUGGAGGCCAUGCGCCAACAGCUGACCCAGCUGUAUCAGGACAUUUUCCAGCACCUGCGGGAUGGAGCAGGCAACAGCUACUCCCCUGAGGAGUAUGCACUGCAACAGGCUGCUGAUGGGGCCAUAUUCCUGGUGCCCCGAGGGACCAAGAUGGAGGCCACAGACUGACGUAACCCAGAGAGGUGGGACUGGUAAUGAGGAUUCCUUUCAUUCUCUUCUGAUAAAGGUACUCUUCAACACCGAGCCUGGAAGAAACUGAGUAUUCUAGACCAAAGUGGACAACAGUGGGCACACCUUGCAUUUAGAGGCUCUAGGGUGUGUUCACCUUGAGGCGAGCAUGUGAGGGGAGGCUGGAAACUCUCUUCUGUGACUCAGUUUCCCAGGUCUCCAACCUCCAGGUCUUGUCAUUUGGUCUAUAAAGUGCUCUACAGAAAUA